AUAGCGAAAGACACUUUGGCCAAGAUGUGACUGUAUCAAGAGGUGACCAUUUCACCUACCAUGAUGGAAUCUGGUCUUUCACCUUCAACAGACCCUCUACAACUAAAGACUAACAACUAUGUCAAUGACAGUAAUGGAAGCUGGAGCGGCCUGUUGGAUGGUGACUUGGUGAGGAACAACCAGACUCUGAGCUUCCAUUACAGCUUCCAGAACGUACUGCUAGGUGUAUCUCUGGGACUUCUGUCCCUCCUCACAAUUGUCAUGAACCUGCUUGUUCUCUAUGCAGUAAAGAAAGAGAAAACUCUCCAUACUGUAGGAAACCUCUACAUCGUCAGCCUGUCUGUGGCGGAUCUUAUCGUUGGGGCCACGGUUAUGCCUCUCAACUUGAUGUACUUGUUGGAAGAUGAAUGGAAGCUGGGGCGGGCUGUCUGUCAGUUUUGGCUUAUUAUGGACUAUGUGGCUAGCACCGCCUCCAUUUUCAGUUUAUUUAUCUUGUGUUUGGACCGGUACCGCUCUGUCAGACAGCCGCUUAAGUACCUCAAAUAUCGGACACGGGGAAAAGCCAGUGCUAUGAUUUCUGGAGCCUGGCUGUUGUCAAUGAUGUGGAUUAUUCCAAUUUUAGGAUGGAGGUCUUUCAGUCAUGUGGACCUCAAACCAGAGGAGGAGAACAAGUGUGACACAGAUUUCCGCUUCGUCACAUGGUUUAAGGUUAUUACUGCCGUCUUCAACUUCUAUGUUCCUUCAAUUUUGAUGGUGUGGUUUUACACAAACAUCUACUUGGCAGUAAGGCAACAUCUGAGGGACAGGGAAAGAAUCAUUCAUCCCAUCGAUUCAUUUGGGGAAAAUGAAAAUGGACAAAAUGCUCUGUCGCCAGUGAAAAAUGUCUCAAUAUCACCAAAGCGGGAAUGUGAGGUUCCAAUGAAACUCUCUAAGAGACAACGCUUGUUGGACCAGAACACUCUUGAUCAGGUGUAUUCCCUGGAGGAUUCAGAGAAAACGAAAACUGCUUUGUCCAGAUCUCACAGAAAAAUUGGUGUAAAGUGCCAGCAGACGUCGUUGCUUGCCAUGACGUCGAAACGACUCAGAGUGGCAAAAAGGUGCUCGCGGUCUCCUGAGGAGAAGCAACCAGAUGAUGAGAUUACUCCAAGUAGACCUUUGGCACAACAGGAAGUAAACUACUCAGAGGGAAAUAAUGAGAACAAACUUCAAGCCUCUUUAAAUGAAUGUCAUGUCACAAUACCAAACUCAGUGAGUGGUGUCUGUGACGCCAGCCAGGUUUCAGACGUGCACAGAUUAACAUCUACACUCCACAACAACUUUGACCCCAGCCAAACACUGCCAUGGACUGAGGGAGGGGUCAAAGAUGAAGAACAGGACACAAAUAAUGCAGUGACACUGAGACAGACAUGGCAAAGGUUCAUUUAUCAAUCACGUCAGCGAAUCCAAAGCCUGAGGAUCCAUAAGGAGCAUAAGGCAGCCAAGCAGCUUGGUUUCAUAAUUGCUGCUUUCUUGCUGUGUUGGAUACCGUACUUCAUAGCUUUCAUGGUCAUGGCAUUCUGCAAAGAGUGUGUGCACCAUGACCUUCACAUGUUUACAAUAUGGCUAGGUUAUAUGAACUCCACUCUCAACCCUUUUAUAUACCCGCUCUGCAAUGGGAACUUCAAACGAGUCUUCAAAAAUAUUCUCAGAAUUAAUUCGUGACAUUGGGACAUAGAGAGCAAGUUCCCAACUGAGACUGGGACAGCUGUUACAUGAAUAACUUAAACUGCCUUGUAAUUGUAAGCCUUUGGAGUUUUUUUUUUAAUAAAAUUAUAAAUGAGCUGUGAUGAUUUAUUGUUUCUGUCUUGUGUAAAUCUUAUUUUUACAACAUGGACUUUAUUUCAAACUCAAGGCAACAGCUGAGUAUAAUGGCUGAAUUUUAUUGUUAUUUAUUUUGUCUAUGCUAUGCUGACGGUAAGCUGAUGUGUGAACGAUGAGAAAACUUUUUGUUGAAAAAAUGCAGAUGAAGAAUUUUAAUUGUCAAAACUGGAAGAAAUGGUCAAGAAAUGGU